GAUAAAUAGCACUUGUAGAAUACGAAGAGAUGGGUCAGAGAAGAUGAUACUUUGGGAAUAAAAUACAGCAAAAGCAGCUUCUGACAAGAAGGAAAUUACCAAGUUUGGAAAAUGAGAAAUAGUUCCAUCAUUCUUCACACACAAAGAAGAUGACAUUAUGUCUAAUUCAACUAACACAACAGAUCCAUGUACACCAGGCACUCUUUGUGGGGUGCUUUUUUAUGAAGUGGAACUGAUCGUCAUUCCAGUGCUGUUUCUCGUGGCUUUUCUUACCACGCUGAUCAUUUUGUUUGUACUCAAAUGCUCCCAUAAGCCAUCACCUCUUUAUGAACACCACAAAAAUGAAAAAGAUGACACACAACACCACUAUAACACACACAGGCACCGUAACAGCAACAGACGGCACCUGCAAGGCAUUGAUGCUCCGGCAGAGCUGAACCCAAUGGAACAUGAGGUUAUUCCCAUGACAGCCCAAUCUCAACAUGACAUGCAGAAUUCCAGGCCCGCAGUACCUCAGCACACCACUGUGAGGCAUCCGGGCACCUUCCAGAUGGUCUCUCCACUCCCCGUCACCUUCUCAGUGAAACAGGACAACUUCACAUUGCACAGAGCUGUCAUGGACAGCCAGCCAGUCAUUUUACGAGUGCUUAAAGAAUCAGCCAAUGCCAGAGAGCGCCAGUCUUUUCUAGGGUUUUCCCAAUUCCUUUCAGAGUUGGGACCACAUCCAUCGCUGCCCAAACUACUGGGGGUGGAGACUGUGCAUACACCCUUGAUAGUGGUAGAACAGCUUGAACACAGAGACCUGCUGAGCUUCCUGUGGAGGUGCAGACAGGACCACACGGGUCAGGCACCACCGUGUGACAUGACUGAAAAACGAAUCUUUACCAUGGGCGCUCAGAUUGGAUCUGCUCUGGAGUAUCUGCAUAGUAAGAACUGCAUCCAUGGCAAUGUCAGGGCUCGUAGUGUCCUGGUUGGUCGGGACCUGUCAGUCAAACUGUGGGGUUUGGGCCCAGCAUAUCACAGGCAAAUGAGUGCAGGCUCUAUAAGAGAUGUGGAAGAUAUAGAAAUGAGAAAGUGGCAAGCACCAGAGGUGUUGGGACGGCAACCUCUCCAGCAAAGUAGCGACAUAUGGUCCUUCGGCAUUUUGCUCUAUGAGACGGUGACAUUAGGUGAAACCCCCUUUCCCAACAUCAUGGCCAGUGAACUUCUGCAGCAUUUACAGAGAGAGAACACAAUAACAAGACCCCCGAACUGCUCCAAUACACUAUAUUCUAUUAUCGAGUCCUGCUGCCGGUGGAAACCAAAGAAGCGAGUCUUAUUGGCUGAGCUGAUCAGAAAGCUCCAAUCAGGAGAGAGAAGCGCCAAUGAUCAGGCAGUGCUGCGAGUGUCUGAGCCGCUGGACAUGGAGAAAUACAUGCGCGAAGCGGGCUAUGGAGAGUCGUUCAACUAUGCUGUUCUGUAAUGUUCCUUUUAUGUAUCACUCAACAGUCACAGUGACACACUGUCAGAUUUAAAGAGGACCAUCAUCUCAUCAAUCCUGUGUUAUUAUUCAGGAGGACGUCACAUUGGAUAAAAGUUUAAUUGUAGCUCAAAAGAGAAGGGAUGUAAUGUAGAAUAUGCACAACAGCGGAUGAUUGUGUCACACACAUAUAGCCUAUGCAUAAAUAUGCAGCUACAUAGAGAAAAGCUUCAAUGUAAAAUGUAUAGCAGAAUACUUACUUUGGUCAACGCACCCACAAAACAAUUGUGUUUAGUAAUUAUACUGAUAUUGUACUUUAAUUUAUCAUAUUUAUUUGGGAUUGACUUUAUACCAUUAUGUCUAUCGGUACUCAUCUAAAUCAAAUAAUAAGACUUAAAUUUGUAUUAUUGGUAUAUUUAUUGGUAACUGGAGAGUUUAUUGCACUGUAAUGAUGUUAUGUAUUUAAAAUACACUAUUAUUUAAUGUUCUUUUUUAAGUUUUGUUCUACUGUUUAAAAAUACUGUGAAAUAUUUGGCUUUUUACUUACUUGAACAUCUUGAAGACUGCGGUGCUGGUCUGUGAGGAUAUAUACUGUAAUAAUCCUUCAAUAAUUUGGAUUUUAUCUGUAUUUUGUCUAAAUAUGAAAGUUUCUCUUACCUGUCGUUAACCAGAAGCAGGCUUGAUGACGCAUUAGAAUUGGCUUCAAAUCUCACCUUUGAUUAUGAUUGGUUAUUUACAUGGGAGGAUGCAAAUGACGUUGCCUCAUUUGAAUAUCCAUACUGAUUGGUCAAUUUAGUAAUAUGGAGAGAGACCUGCUGUGACAAUCAGUGAUUAAAAAAGGUUUCCUUGCUAACCUGAUUUGAAAGAAAGAACUGUAAAUACUUGGUAAAACAAAAGUUAACUUUUGGCUUUAGUUAUCUUGUAUCUUAUGUGAUGACAAUGGAAAAAAUUACUAUACUCCAAAAUAUCACAAACAUUAU